GACUCUGGUGCAUGGCACCAUCAGCGCCCAGCGAGUGGCAGGAAUCAUUAGAAGAGCGAAGCUCAUAAUAGCUAACGCGGUAGGCGACGGGGAGUGCGGGGGCUCCCCGGCGAGCUCAGCACUGGGGCCGGCUGUCCCACGCUGUGUCUCCGGAGGCUCCUCGGGCAAAGGCUCCAGCUCCCUGCUGCCCGGUGGCUCCUGCCGGCACUGGGCCGUGAACAUGGUGCAGAAGUACCAGUCUCCUGUCCGAGUCUACAAGUAUCCAUUCGAGCUGGUCAUGGCGGUUGUUCUCGAUUAUGAAGGGCUGGAUUUCGUGAUCCAAGUGCUUUUUUCUGAGAAAUUCCAUCUUUUCGAAAUGUCCCAGGAUUCUCUACUCAUCCUUCUGACGGCCUACGAGAAGCGCUUCCCCACCUGCCCGCAGAUCCCGGUCUUCCUGGGCAGCGAGGUCCUGCACGAGUCCCGCAGCCCGGAUGGGGCGGUGCACGUGGUGGAGCGGAGCUGCCGGCUGCGUGUGGACUCGCGGAUGCUGCUGCGGAGGAUUGCCGGCGUGGAGCACGUGGUCUUCGUGCAGAAAAACGUCUUGAACUGGAAGGAGAGGACGCUCCUCAUCGAGGCGCACAACGAGACCUUCGCCAGCCGCGUGGUGGUCCGUGAGAACUGCAGCUACACGGUCCAUCCCGAGAAUGAAGACUGGACCUGCUUCGAGCAGUCUGCCUCUCUGGACAUCCGGUCCUUCUUCGGCUUUGAAAGCGCCUUGGAGAAGAUUGCCAUGAAGCAGUACACCGCCAACGUCAAGAGGGGGAAGGAGGUGAUCGAGCAUUACCUGAAUGAGCUCAUCGUACAGGGCACUGCUCACAUCCCCCGCUGGACGCCUGCCGUGGUCAGUGAGGAGGGUGCUGGCAGCCAACCUGGGCCUCGGGACCCUGGCUCCCUGGAGGCCACGGCACCCAGCGGCACCCUGGGCCCUGUUCCUGAGGCAGCCGGUGUGGACGGGGACAAGCUGGACGCCGACUACAUCGAGAGGUGCCUGGGCCACCUCACGCCCAUGCAGGAGAGCUGUCUGAUCCAGCUUCGGCACUGGCUGCAGGAGACCCACAAAGGCAAGAUCCCUAAGGACGAGCACAUCCUUCGGUUCCUGCGGGCUCGUGACUUCCACCUGGACAAGGCCCGGGAGAUGCUGUGCCAGUCCCUGAGCUGGCGGAAGCAGCACCAGGUGGACCUCCUCCUGCAGACCUGGCGGCCCCCUGCUCUCCUGGAGGAGUUCUACGCAGGCGGCUGGCACUACCAGGACAUAGACGGUCGCCCCCUCUACAUCCUCCGCCUGGGCCAGAUGGACACCAAGGGCUUGAUGAAGGCCGUAGGGGAGGAGGCGCUGCUGCAGCACGUGCUUUCUGUCAACGAGGAGGGACAGAAGAGGUGUGAAGGGAACACGAAGCAGUUUGGCCGUCCCAUCAGCUCCUGGACCUGCCUGCUGGACCUGGAGGGUCUCAACAUGCGGCACCUGUGGCGGGCGGGGGGGGAGGCUCUGCUGCGCAUGAUCAAGGUGGUGGAGGACAACUACCCCGAGACCCUGGGCCGGCUGCUCAUCCUGCGAGCGCCCCGCGUCUUUCCCGUGCUCUGGACGCUGAUCAGCCCCUUCAUCAACGAGAACACCAGGCGGAAGUUCCUCAUCUACAGCGGCAGCCACUACCAGGGCCCCGGGGGCCUCGUGGACUACCUGGAUAAAGACGUGAUCCCCGACUUCCUUGGCGGGGAGAGCGUGUGUAAUGUUCCCGAAGGAGGGCUGGUGCCCAAGUCCCUCUACCUGACGGAGGAGGAGCAGGAGCAAGACCAGCCGCGGCAGUGGAGCGAGACCUACCAUUCAGCCAGCGUGCUCCGCGGGGUCCCCCACGAGGUCGCAGUGGAGAUUCUGGAGGGGGAGUCAGUCAUCACCUGGGACUUCGACAUCCUGCGAGGGGACGUGGUGUUCAGCCUAUACCACACCAAGCAGGUGCCCAAGCCGGGCGCCCGGGAGCCUGGGGCCAGGGCCAGCGGGCAGCUGAUCGACAAAGGCUGGGUCCUGGGCACCGAUUACAGCCGCGUGGAGGCCCCCCUUGUCUGCAGGGAAGGGGAGAGCAUCCAGGGCUCCCACGUGACCCGGUGGCCCGGGGUCUACCUGCUCCAGUGGCAAAUGCACAGCCCUCCCGGCAGUGUGGCCUGCAGCCUGCCGGGUGUGGACGACGUCCUGACAGCCCUGCACAGCCCCGGCCCCAAGUGUAAACUCCUCUACUACUGUGAGGUGCUGGCGUCCGAGGACUUCAGGGGCUCCAUGUCCAGCCUGGAAUCCUGUACCAGUGGCUUCUCCCAGCUCAGCGCCGCCACCUCUUCGUCCUCCGGCCAGUCCCAUAGCAGCUCCCUGGUCUCCAGAUAGCAGGGUUUGAGCCCCGCAAGGCAGCCUACUCAUUGCCUGAGUCGGGAAGCAUCCACACUGAGAAGCCAUUUUGCCGUGAGGCCUGGAACUGUGGGCGCUGGAGCUCUGGGUCUAGACACAGCCCUAGUUGGGGGUGUCUGGAGCAGAUGGCGCAGAUCCAGCUUGUGGCCUGUGCUGGGAGCCUCCAGGUCAGAGCCCCUGAAGUCACAAGGACUCAACCGUCUCCUUCCAACUUGGUACAGCAGGCCCAGGCUUUGCUGAUCUUCGGGGCUCCCCUAUUUGGGACUCAGUGACAUCACCAAGGCCUUACUACU